UGAUGGCCCUCAAUCACCCCACACCUGUGCACCCCAAGGGCAGGGCUAGUCCCCUGUGGGGUCUCCUCCACAUCCCCUGGUGGUCCCCCAGUCACUGCAGGGGGUAGAGCUGCUCGCUGGGGUCCCUUGCAGCAUCCCCCAUGGCAACCCUCCGAUGUCCCCCAGUCAUCCCCUGGACCGACCCCCUUGGUGGUCCCCAAACUUCCCCCUGGGGGCUUCCCCCAAGCAUCCCCCACACUGGGGCUGUCCUGGAGACCCAGGGUGGCUCCUGGCCCCCCUGCAGGAGUGGAGCGAGGAGCUGGGGCGGCUGGCAGGGGUGCGGGUGGCCAGCUGCCUGGAGGGUCCCGCUCCCCCUCCGGCCCCGCAGCUGGGCUGGAGCGAGUCCCUGCUGCCGGCGGGCGCCGGGGGCUUCGUGGCCGUGCUGGAGCGCUGGUUCGCCCAGGGCCGACACUACGACUACAGGACGGGGCGCUGCGCCCGGAACGCCACCUGCCGCCAUUACACCCAGCUGGUGUGGGCCACAGCGGGGCGGCUGGGCUGCGGGAGGCACCUCUGCGCCGGCGGCCAUGGCCCCAGGGAGGCCUUCGCCUGCGCCUACUCCCCGGGCUCUUGGUGCUGCUGGUUUGCAACCUCCUGCUCCCUCUGCACCGCCGGCCUCUCCGGCUGCUUCAAGUCCUGGGACCACGGCGGGGGGCUCUGCGAGGUGCCCAGGAACCCCUGCCGCAUGAGCUGCAGGAACGGGGGGCGCCUCGACAUGAGCAGCUGCCAGUGCGCCUGCCCCCCCGCCUACACCGGCAGGUACUGCCAAGUGAGGUGCAGCGGGCAGUGCCUCCACGGAAAGUUCAGGAAGGAGGAGUGCUCCUGCCUCUGCGACGCGGGCUACGGCGGUGCCGAGUGCGGCACAAAGGUUCCGUUCCCUUUCCACACCUGCGACGUCCAGAUCGAUGGCGACUGCUUCAUGGUGUCCCCCGAGGCCGACACCUACUACGGGGCGAAAAUCAAGUGCCAGGAGAAAGGGGCGAUGCUGGCCCAGAUCGGGAACCAGAAGGUCCAGGACAUCCUGGCUUUCUACCUCAGCCGCCUGGAGACUGGUAACAGGGUGACAGACACCGAUUUUGAGACCGGGAACUUCUGGAUUGGUCUCACCUACAAGACCUCCAAGGCUUCCUUCCGCUGGGACGUGGGCGAGCCCUCCUCCUUCACCAGCUUCGCUUUCGGGCAGCCAGACAACCAGGGGUUUGGGAACUGCGUGGAGAUGCAGGCGGCUGCUGCCUUCAACUGGAACGACCAGCGCUGCAAGACCCGGAACCGGUACAUCUGCCAGUUCGCCCAGGAGCACAUCUCCCUCUGGUAGUGGCACCCCUGAGCCCGUAGCCUUGGGCACCGGCCAGUGCUGGCUGCUGUGCUGAGCCCAUCGCCCAGGAGGACCACGGUGCUGUGCCAACAAGCCCAGACCGUGGCUGAGGAGGACCCUGUUGCCAUGUCAAGACCAGACCAUGGCUGAGGAGGACCCUGUUGCCAUGCCAAGCCCAGACCAUGGCUGAGGAGGACCCUGUUGCCGUGCCAAGCCCAGACCAUGACUGAGGAGGACCCCGUUGCCAUGCCAAGCCCAGACCAUGGCUGAGGAGGACCCUGUUGCCAUGCCAAGCCCAGACCAUGGCUGAGGAGGACCCUGUUGCCGUGCCAAGCCCAGACCAUGACUGAGGAGGACCCCGUUGCUAUGUCAAGCCCAGACCAUGACUGAGGAGGACCCCGUUGCCAUGCCAAGCCCAGACCAGGGCUGAGGAAGACCCCGUUGCUGUGCCAAGCCCAGACCAUGUCUGAGGAGGACCCCAUUGCUAUGCCAAGCCCAGACCGUGACUGAGGAAGAGUUGCCCAUGGCUCCCCUACGUGGGGGACAGGAGGCUGAGGGGACCCAUGGCACUGGGACCUGGCAAGAAGGGUGCACACUCCACACACCAGCAUCCCCAAACCAGCGUCUUCUUCUGCCCCUCACCUUCCUCUGUUACUAUCACGCUGUGACAGCCCGCUGGGCAGGGAGGUGGCCCCACAACAGCUAUGUCCACAAGCAUCCACCUCCUGAAUUGGCAGCCAGGCUGUGUCUGGACUGUGGUCACGAUGUGGCGAGGGCCCAAAGGGGGCUUCUGUGGGGCACAGGCGUCAGCACAGCUCAGGGUGAGGGCUCCAAGCCAUCGUCCCAUCCUGCUCAGGAACUCCAGCCUGGCACUGUAGGCUCCCCACCACCACCUGGUCCUUCCUCAUCACCUGGUUCCUCACCAUCUGUCAUCUGGUUAAUA